AGGGCUGACGUGCACCAGGGAGAGGGGGCAAGUCAGUGGGGAGCCAGAGCAGGCGUCCUGGGUGGGCCGGUGUGCACUGGGUGGGUGUGGAUCAACGGGGGUCUUGGACAGGCGGGAUGACAUGCGCCACGGCGGCCGGGGCAGAGGCAGACGGGGGGUCCCGGGGGAGGAGGGCACGCCGAGGAGCAGCCCUGGGCAGAUAGGGGUGCGCAGGACGUCCCGGGUCAGAGACUGCGCUUGCUGCUCCUGUGGUGCCUGGGCAGUGGUGCAGGAUGCACUGGGGAGGGCUCCCAGAUGGGAUGGGGUGGGCCCAGGGCAGAGCGGGUGGGCAGCGUGGGGGCCAGGUGGGUGCUGGGCUGACAGCCCCCCCAGGCUCCUGGGUGGAGCUGCGGUGUGGCCAAGGGUGCCUGGAGCCCGAGCCCGUGCCCUCGCGGUUCUCCUCCUGCCACGCCGACGUGGAGCGGAUGCUGUUGGAGGCCCAGCUGGAGACAGAGAGCGGUGAUGGUGCCCUGCUUGUGCUGGGCUCCCCAGCCCGGGAAGAUGAUGGAGCCGGCCAGGCGAGUGAGCAGCCUGGGGAGAGUGAGCUGCUCCCUCCCUGCAGCCAGCCCCAGCCAGGCUGCCCCCACCCCCGGCAGCGGGAUGUGCCGGAGGAAGCCGAGCGGAGGGAGCGACGCCUGCCAGCAUCCCUCAGCUGGGCCUGUGCCCACCACCCUCAGCAUCUGUCUCCAAAGGAGUUUGCCUUUGUGUGCUCCCCGCAGCCGGUGCUGUGGAGCCUGCAGGGAGGUGCUGUGGGGAGAAAGAAGAGACUUUUCAGUUCAGAGCUGCUGCUGCUCUUCAUCCCCUCGCUGCUGCUCAGCCACGUGCUGACCCUGGGACUGGGGAUCUACAUUGGGAAGCGGCUGGCAGCCUCCUCGGCAAACCCGCUGUGAAGAGCUGGGCUCAGCGAGAGAUGGGUGAUUCCACCGCCCUGCUCUUCUGCUCAGCGUGCGGAGGGAGCCCAGGCACCAGCGUAGCCCAGCUGCUCCCAGACUUCGUGUUUGUGGCACGAGGUGCCAUCUCCCCUUGUCCCUUCUUUAGCCCCAGCCUAAGGAGCUGAUCCUACUCUCCCACAUAGACAGGAACCCACUGAUGGCAGCUCCCACCUGCAGGCAGCCCCUGCCCUCCCUUGUCCCUUGGUUACGGGUCCAGGUUCCUCCUCUUUAACACAAGACUGUAAAUAUGACUCCUGAGCCUGCAACACCAUGUGCGAAUAAACAGCCCUGUGCCAGCUCAGGAGGCA